AUGUCGCAUCUUCAGAAUCUGGAGUUGGAGUUGUUGAGAAGUCAUUUAACGUGCCUUCAACGCACCUCUCAGCUCCUGCUGCAGGUCAGUCUAGAGUUUUGCUGUCGUGGUUCGGCCUGAUUUCUGUCCGACUAAUCGAUUUUUUGUUGCAGGCUUUCCAGCAACGAACCAAUCAGUCGGAUGUGGGCGGCCGAAAGCGGCAAAACGCUACAAUUUCAACAGAUUCUGAGUCUAAAAGAUCCAGACUAAUGUAAGGAUACGUCUUUUGUCUGGAGGAGAGGCUGACAUUCAAUAUUGAAUUUGUGGGGUUGAUUUUUUGGCCGAAUAUUCAAAUUCAUCUAGCGUAGUAUAAGAAGAUCUUCGAUAUGUGUUCUUGGAACUAUUGCUCUAGAGAGAACUUGGUUUAGUGACUAAAGUACUAUUAGUAGGGUCUGAGCGCUGCUAUCGUUUUUGGGUUUGCAAAGAUCUAAUUGAUGUCUUUGCAGACCUGGUGUGGAUAAAGGCACUCAGACCGAUGAGGAGAACCCAUUGCCUCUUGAGGUAUUCAAUAUUGUAUUCCGCUUUUUGAACCGCGAUGACUUGGAUCGGUGCCGACUUGUGAGCAAGUCCUGGAAUGCGCUGAUCCAACGAAAUCCGGCCCUCUUCCCGCGACGUCCCAUUAAUCUGUUGAAGUUGGUCUGCAAAGAUAAUAUCGCCCACCUCUCCGCCACCUCCGGCCACAAACGCAAAGAAUUCUCUUUUCCCAAGGAGGAGAUGGAAGGAGGGUAAGAUAUCUUCAUGUAAAAUAUAAGACAUCAUCAUUUACAUAUGCAUAUAUGGUUCAUAUUUUUAGUCCACAACUCUAUCAAACUCUUAGUCGACUUCUCAAAAACACUUCCGUCAAGCGAUGGGUUGUUCUGAAUGUGAAUUUGAGCAAUGAAAUCGUGGAGAAACUCCACAAAUCGUUGACGGCGAUCAAUCUAGAAGUGGUCAGGGUUGAAUUCCUGGCCAUGAAUCUGGCCAAUGUCUCUGAUGUCGCAUUCCACAAGCUGAUUGGAAAGACGAUUCCAGCCAGUCAAUACUUUUUGGAGGCCGUCAGAGGGGCUCGACCAGAACAUUUCGACAGAAGAUUAAUGGAACAAGAGAGCAUUAUGAGGGCUGACGACUUCACCAUCUAUGAUGUUGAGAGUAACACAGAUGUGGACAUGACUUUGGAGAUUGAGGAUGACAUUAUUUUGAAGCAUAUCUUUGGAAAUGCAGAUCUCCCGAGCAGAAAUAGUCUUUAUAUCGACAGUCCCAAUGUGUCCAAUACAUUUGUGAAGGAGGUUCUGAAUGUAAGGCGGUAUUAAUUAUAAGCAUUGUAAUUUUAAUAAAUCAAGGUUUACGGGUAUAAUUUUCAGCGCUUCGUUAUGUCUCAGAAUAUGGAAUGUAUGGUAAAUCAUGUUGAGAUUGCCCAUUGCCGAGAUCAAACUAUCAACGAUUAUUACCGAGGAGAUAUCAUCAAGGAAUAUGAACACAGCAUCCAAGUGGAGUACAGUGCUAGAAACAGAAAGACCAACCGACUUCUGGAGGUACGGAUAUCAAGAACUUCAGAAUCCGACCAGUUCUGCCAUGUUACCAUGAAUACUCUCAGUGAAGUUAUUUGAUGUCAUCUACAAUUCCACGAUGAAGUUUAGUACUGGAUGAAUGGCAUCAGUGGUGGCUACUGACUUUGUCAACUCUGUACAUUUCCUUGUAUACCUCCAAUGACACUGUUUCCAAUUCAGACAUAUUUUCAUCAUACUAUUGUAUUUUGUAUUAAAGAGUGUUGUACAUUUUUUUGUUGUUUAUACAAGUAAACCAGAAAAUCCUAUUUGAUGGAAUCUAAAGCAUUUAUCAGGUAUCGACAUCUUCGUUUUACAGUCACAACACGAUGUUAGUAACAGAAUUUGGCGGCGGCCAAGAAGAAGAUUGCGUUUGACCCGCGACAUCUAACUCUGUCGCCUUUCGUAUCUGCAAUGUGCUUUUCGUAUCUGCAAACCAAACACCCGUUUACCAUUUGGCAUUUUGUUUCAUUGCGCGUCUCACCACGAACCAAAGAAAAAUAAUUUUGGACGCGCGCACUUGUCCCGAAGAAGAUUUUAGAUAUCCUAACAUUCGUUUUGGCAAUGUUUGCCGGGGGAUAAGGUUUCUGGAGAAUUUAAAUUAACCCCUUUGCUUUGCAUUCUUAAAGAGUUUUCUUGUUUUGCGCUUUAUUCGGAAGCCUAGGAUGUUUUAUUCCGUUUUGUUGGGCGAUGAUUCAGCUGGGAAAGUGGCUCUCUACGGCCACUUUUCUUUGACUAGUGGCCAAAUCUGGGGUGUGUAUAGUCUUUGGUUUGCCGAAUCUUUCGUUCGUUGCUGAUUAUUCAGCUGGAUUUUUUCUAUUUUUGAACUAGUAGAUUUUAGGUGAAUAUGACCAAAGACGAAGAGAGUCCAGUUCGUGAUGAAGAUCGUAAGGAUGUUUGCCGUGACUUCUUGAACAAGGUCUGUAACCGAGGAACUCGCUGCAAAUUCUACCAUCCACCCAGUACCGAUGGAAGUGCACCGCGAGAGCGAACUCAGGACGAUUUUCAAUUUUGUAUUGAUUAUCAGGUUAGUUAUCAUCCUUUUGUCUUUUUGUGUCUAGGUCAUGAUAAGUAAAUGGAGAAAUGCGCAGGGAGCUAGUUGCUGCAUAAAGUUGAUGGCAUUUCUGUAUUUUUACCGCUGAACAUAAGCUUAGGAGUUGAGUUGCCUAGUGGCUUCCCCUUUGGCGUCUGUAUGAUCAUAGCGUAGCAUACUUGCUUAUGCAUGCGUGUCCUAACGUUCCCAAUUUUAGAACCAGGGCUGUUUUCGCGCGUCCUGCCGCUUUAUCCAUGCUCCUCAAGAAGAGGUCGAACGCUAUCGGCGGACUGGAGACGUUUCAAACAUCCUGGCCCGCGCUAUCGCCGGUGUUACAAAGGCUGAUAACAUUCAGGGGAUCCCAUUCUGCAAAGAAUUCCAGUCCAACCGCUGCACGCGCGGUCCUCGCUGUCGCUACUGGCAUGUGAAUGUGGAGAUGGAGCGGGAGAUGCGCAACAAUCAACCGCCGGGCUGCAGCGCUCGCCUCGAUUUUCGUCCACCCCAACCGCUGCUCCAACAUCCCGCUGCCCGGCGACGCCCCGCGAUGGAUGACUAUGGCGACGCCAAGCGACGGGCCUUUAUACCCCCAGGGGUUGGGUUUCCGGAUCUGCAAAGAGAAAACGCCGAAUUGAAGCACGAGGUGGAAACGUUGCGACGCGAGCUGCAACGCGAAAAGGACCGUUGCGACGCCCUCCUCGCGACCAUUAGCCAAUCCAGCGCUGCCGUUCAAGCUGCCGCAGUCCAGUCGCCUCAGCCCAAUAACUUCCACGACCCCUAUGCUAUGCAAGCCAAUCGAGCCCAUUACGCCCAGAAAGCUAAUUGGUAUGGCGGCGCCAGUUAA